AUGUAUCUCAUCAAUACCCAGACCCUCAAGGUGGAAGAAUUCGUUGACCCUUCAGGAGUCAAGUACGCCGUCCUCUCUCAUGCGUGGCAAUAUAACGAGGCUUCUUUCCUGGACCUUGCAAAGCUUGAUUUGGCUAAGAAGAAAACUGGCUUCGUGAAGAUUGUAAAGGCCUGUAAGGUUACCCGUAGUCGAGGUCUCGAAUACGUCGCAGAGGUGAGCGAGGUGAUCAACUCCAUACUUCAAUGGUACAAGCAAGUUACCGUCUGCGUCGUUUCCCUGCACGGUUUACCGCCAUUGAACCUCAAUGAAAGCCCCUGCGCAUGGUUUUUAAGUGUCUUGAUGACACAAAGACUUUCGGUGCUUGCAAGUGGUUCAUUCGUGGAUGGUCCUUGCAGGAGUUGCUUACUACUUGACAAUACCGAGUCCUACAACUCUUGCUAG